AUCGCCGCGGGUUGCAGAAGUCUACAUUAUGUAGGUGGGGCUGGAUGAACCAAACUGACGAUCUUUACCUGAUACCUAUGAGACUCACUAUAACUUAACUGGGAUGGAGGACUCUACUGUAGACCCUAUGACAGCCAGUGAACCAGAGGUCCCAGCCGCGGUGGUUCCUGGUGAAGGCACUCUGGUAAUAGGACUGGGAGAUGAGGUGGUGAUAGGUGGUGUGGUGGUGCUAGUCUCGCUGGCCACACUCCUCAUCCUUCUACGCCACGGACACAGCCAACGUGGUCUCCAUCCUGACCAGGCACACAUUGUAGAAGACACACGACGUGAUAUGGGUAUAGAGCAACCAGCCAUUGAAGUGGCUCCAGACGAGAGGUGCCCUGUGUGUCUGGCCCCUCUAGCCCUCCCAGUACAGACCAACUGUGGACAUACCUUCUGUGCACAGUGUGUACUCAGCUAUUGGAGGCAUGACCAAUGGCCCAGGGCAGCAAGAUGCCCCAUCUGUAGGAGACAGGUGACACUGCUGCUGGCUGGCCAUGCUCUGAGGGAAGAGGAAGGACAAGAACUGUGGACACAGGUCACUGACUACAACCAGAGAAUGUCAGGGCAAUGGAGACCGUUGAUGCACUACCUGUACGAUGUGCCCACAAUACUCACUCACAUGUUCCCUCACCUCCCCCCCCCCUCAGUUGAUGCACUACCUGUACGAUGUGCCCACAAUACUCACUCACAUGUUCCCUCACCUCCCCCCCCUCAGUUGAUGCACUACCUGUACGAUGUGCCCACAAUACUCACUCACAUGUUCCCUCACCUCCCCCCCCCUCAGUUGAUGCACUACCUGUACGAUGUGCCCACAAUACUCACUCACAUGUUCCCUCACCUCCCCCCUCAGUUGAUGCACUACCUGUACGAUGUGCCCACAAUACUCACUCACAUGUUCCCUCACCCCCCCCCCUCAGUUGAUGCACUACCUGUACGAUGUGCCCACAAUACUCACUCACAUGUUCCCUCACCUCCCCCCCUCAGUUGAUGCACUACCUGUACGAUGUGCCCACAAUACUCACUCACAUGUUCCCUCACCUCCCCCCCUCAGUUGAUGCACUACCUGUACGAUGUGCCCACAAUACUCACUCACAUGUUCCCUCACCUCCCCCCCCUCAGUUGAUGCACUACCUGUACGAUGUGCCCACAAUACUCACUCACAUGUUCCCUCACCUCCCCCCCUCAGUUGAUGCACUACCUGUACGAUGUGCCCACAAUACUCACUCACAUGUUCCCUCACCUCCCCCCCCCCUCAGUUGAUGCACUACCUGUACGAUGUGCCCACAAUACUCACUCACAUGUUCCCUCACCUCCCCCCCCCUCAGUUGAUGCACUACCUGUACGAUGUGCCCACAAUACUCACUCACAUGUUCCCUCACCUCCCCCCCCUCAGUUGAUGCACUACCUGUACGAUGUGCCCACAAUACUCACUCACAUGUUCCCUCACCUCC